CUAUCUUUCAUAUGACACCUCGUGCAGUACUUUGCAAUCCGACACUGGAUCAGAAGUCGGUUCACUUCCAUUGAUUUCAAGCGUUGAUGGUCUAGGAAAGCUGCAAUCUGUUGUAGGAAUGACUUUUCAAAAUGCUUUUGAAUUGUUGGGCAGAGCCAAACCCAUUCAGAAUUUGCUCAAGGCUGUUGUAACUGAUGUAAAGAUGUGGAAUGCUUUUCUAAACAAUAAAGCAGUUCAGGAAUUCUUGCGGCAGCUGGAGACAGGUGCCAACAAUGUAGUGACAAAUCUGAGCAGCAACCAGCAGACGGACAACCUCUCCAUUCAGCAAUGGUCAUCAGGUGCCAACAACAUAGUGAGAACUCCGAGCAUCAACCCUCAGACGCACAAUGACUUCUUCAGUCAACAACAAUCAUCAGCUCAACAGGAAAGUUCAAUGACCAAUGCAUUGGCAAAGAUCCUUGGGACAGUAAUUAGGUUUGUGGAACCGAUAUUGACGGCAUUCAACUUCUUUCGAGAUUACCGUGGAGGUGGAGGUGGAGGUGGAGGUGGAGGUGAUGGACGUGGACGUGGACGUGGGCAUGGGCAUGGUGGAGGUCGAGGUGGAGGUGGACCGCAAAGUGAAUUUUACAAUUGUUUUCUAGAUGAUGAAGAGGAAUUGACAAAAAACUAUACUGAAGUGGUAUUCGUCCUUGCCAUCGUGCUGAAGUUGAGUAUAGUACUAAUGCGCUUCCAUGGCAUUCGAUGUUGAGUAUUCUACUACUACUAUGCCCGUGUUAUUUGUUAUUCUUAAGUCUAAGAAUACAGAAACCAAAUGAAGAACUGGACAUGGAAGAUAUAUAAUAGAGAGGAUUGUUUAGAAGUGGAUCCCACUUAUAAAUCUUGUAAAAUUCUGUCCAUUCAUAUAUUUCCGUUGUCUAAUUCUAUGUCUGGUUUUUGUGCUCUUGGACUUAUUUGCGGACGUGCGUGGCUGUGCUUUGUUGUCAUAAAACAGUAGACAAUUUUACCGAAGGGUGACAUGCACCUCUAAAACAUGAUCGUUUGUAAUUUUGUUAUGCCUUAUAUGCUUGAACUUUUUAGUGUGUUUAAUGUCCAUUGGGACUUAAAUCAUCUCAACAGGGAUUGCUUCUUGUGCUGGGUUGUUUGUUGACCUUUUAGGUUUGUGCUUUACAGAGAGCUUACUCUUUGGGUUGUUUUUCUGGAGUCAUUUUGUGUGUUUUUAUUACCUAUAAUAAUAUAAUAAUAAACACAGUACUAGUGGCUGUUUUUAA